UUAAAGCAAAGGCAAAUUAAAAUUCUUUAACUACUCUAAUGAAUUAUAUUAUUUCACUUAGGCUUGCAACAUUAGCGAGAAAAAAGAAGAAGCUGGGGUUGACACAGAACCCUCUGCCUGCUGGUGAUGGUCCUGCAACACCAACCUUGCCAGAGAGCCCAGGCGGUGAAAGUUCGGUCCCCACAGUGCCAGAUGUAACCACCAUGGCGUCUUCAGUGGCGGCGUGUACAUCACGCAACACUGAUGACAGUACACAUACUCUGUCCGAUGACUAUCAAGGGAAUGAUGACCUUCCUCCGCUGAUAGUGGUUUACGAGCCUCCAUUGCCACAGACAGAUCCGGGACUCAGUAUGUUAGAGGGUCGAAUGAUGGUUGACGUUCGUCACUUCAUGGUGCAAUGCCGUCUUCUGGAGAGACACAGGUGUCCCAUUUCAUCUUCAGGAACAUAUUUUCUGGAAAGUGUCAACAGGUACGGUCUGCUGACAAAUUUUAAAUUUAAGUGCACUCACUGCAAUCAAGAGCAGCAGUUCAAAUCUGAGCCUGUGGAAUGCCUUCCAGUGGGAAGAAAAAGAAAAUGCAAAAUCGAUACCAACUUAGAUAUCAACGAUAAGAUUGUUUGGGGCGCAAUUUCGGUUGGUCUAGGCUACGGACCAUUGUAUGAACUAUUGUCACUAAUUGAUAUGCAUCCUAUGAGCCCGGGUUGCUUUUCUUAUCACGAGAACAGAAUCGGAGAGCACUGGAAGGCAAUGUUGCAGAAGGAAAUGGAAGAUGCUGCACUGGAAGAGUUCUCUAUGGCGAAAGAUGAUGGACGCAUCUGUAUGGUUGGAAAUGAGGAAUAUGCUUGGACCAUAGGAAUUUUGGAUGGAGGUUGGAGCCAAAGAUCCUAUGGUCAUAGGUAUUCUGCUAAGUCUGGAUGUGCUAUAAUAAUUGGCUUCUACACUAAGAAAUUGUUAUUCCUUGGUGUGAGAAACAAAUAUUGUACCGCAUGCAUUCGGAGCGAACGGAUGGAAAAGGAACCCACGCCUCACCUGUGUUUCCGGAACUGGACUGAUUCUUCCACUGCAAUGGAGGCAGACAUUAUAGUGGAAGGUUUCCGGUUCUGUGAAGCCAAGUACAAACUUCAAUUUAAGAAGUUUGUUGGUGAUGGGGAUUCAAGUGUGCAUGCAGCCAUAGUUGCAAAUGUUUCGUACGGAAGAGAUGUUGAAAAGAUUGAAUGUGCUAACCAUGUCGUGAAGAAUCUCAAAAAGAAUCUUUAUGCCAUAGCCAAGGGCAUCCAUAUGCGGCAUCUCAGCCAGUCGAAAAUCAAAGCCCUCUGUCGCUGUGCAAGAGGUUGUAUCAGCAACUGUGGGGGUGAUGCUAUGCUACUUCAAUCAACACUUCUAAAUGUGCCCAACCAUGUGUUUGGAGACCAUAAGUUAUGCAAUUUAGAUGUGUGUGAGAGAGCUGGUAAAACAGCAAAUCCCUGCAGUUAUGACGCAUUGCCUCGUGAAUUGAUUGUGGGAAUCAAACAAGCUUUUGACCGAGUGAGAGCAAAGUCACAAGCACUUGUAAUGGAUCUCACAACCAACCAAGCAGAAAUGUACAUGUCAUUAGUUGCAAGGAUGGCUGGCGGUAAGCAGAUAAACCGUUCACAGCAGGGGUCUUACAGCCGUAGGGCUACUGCUGCUGGUUUGUCUUUCCAACUUCGCUACAAAUGGCAUGGACAAACUAUGAAGGCGAUCACAGGUCACAGCCCUGGAGUGACUGUGAAGCGAUUAAUGGCAAAAAGACAGAAACAGCAGGCGAACUGUAGGCGAAGGUUGGAUAUGAAUCCGCAUGUACCACGGAAAUCGGAAUCAUUUAAACCACAGGGUGAUAAGAGCUAUGGUCCUCAUGCAACUCAGCCUCCAGCUUCUGGUCUUGAACUAGAAAUUCUGACUGAGUCUGUGAUGAGAAGCAUAGAGCUUACAGUGCAAGAAAGGAAUGAUCUGGAGGUGCAGACACGAGAUCAAGGAAGCAGUCAGUUGUGGAUGAAGGAGCGGAGAAAACGAGUCACUGCUUCCUUUUUCGGACGUGUCUGUAAAAUGAGGGAAAAUACUUCGUGUAAAGUGACAGUGGAAGCGAUUGUGUACAGUCGUGUAUUGGAGAAUGCUGCCACAAUACAUGGUCUAGCAAACGAGCGCAUAGCUGUCGCUUUAUACGAAGAACAAACAGGCCAUACUGUUAAACAAUGUGGUCUCUUCGUUGACCUUCAGCAUUGCUUUCUUGCAGCUUCUCCUGAUGGUUCAGUUGAUGAAGAUGGUUUGGUGGAGGUGAAAUGUCCAUACUCUGCAAGGGAACUUAACCCUUUAGAUGCAGCAAUGCAGCUGAAAACGUUCUUUUGCAGAGUUGUCGACGGCGAGCUUUGCUUGAAUCGCUCUCACAAUUACUACUAUCAAGUGCAAGGGCAAUUACACAUCACACGAAGAAAGUGGUGUGAUUUUGUCGUUUGGACAACGAAAGGCAUUUCAAUAGAAAGAAUUGUGAGAGAUGAUUGUUUCUGGCUUGAGAAAAUGGAGUCAAAAUUGUUGCGAUUUUUUAACAACUGCUUGUUGCCAGAGCUUGCUGAUCCAUGUCGUCCCAGGGGACAACCGAUUCGUGAGCCAGAAUAUAUUAUACAGGCACAAGAAAGUCGUUCAAAGAAACGCAAAAUUUCAGAUGUGUGAAUUUUGAGAGACAGAAAUUGUGUGGCUGACGAGAACUCUUUUUUUUAAUUUGAUACAGUGAUGCUUUAUAUCUGAUAAAAAAAUUCUAAUUAUUGUUUACUUCUCAUGCUUGUAC